GGCCGAGUGCCCCGGAUGUAGCCCUGGCGAAAGCAUCUCUUCUUACGCCGCGGACCCUGGAUUCCCAGGAAGGCCCUUCUGAUCCGUCAUGUCAAAGAGAAAAGUGACCUUUCAAGGUGUAAAAGAUGAAGAUGACGAGGAUGAAAUUGGUACCCCCAAGAAGAAGCUGGUAGACCCUGUAGCUGGGACAGGGGGUCCUGGAAGCCGUUUCAAAGGCAAACAUUCAUUGGACAGUGAUGAGGAGGAUGAUGAGGAGGAAGGAUCCAGCAAAUAUGACAUCUUGGCUUCAGAGGAUGUAGAAGGUCAGGAAGCAGCCACGCUCCCCAGUGAGGGGGGUGUGCGGAUCACACCCUUCAACCUGCAGGAAGAAAUGGAGGAAGGCCACUUUGAUGCAGAUGGCAACUACUUCCUGAACCGAGAUGCUCAGAUCCGAGACAGCUGGUUGGACAACAUUGACUGGGUGAAGAUCAGAGAGCGGCCACCUGAUCAGCACCAGGCUUCAGAUUCAGAAGAGGAAGACACCCUGGGCCAGACACCGAUGAGUGCCCAAGCCCUCCUAGAGGGUCUUCUAGAGCUCCUAUUGCCGAGAGAGACAGUGGCUGGGGCACUGAGGCGUCUGGGCGCCCGAGGAGGAGGCAAAGGGGGCAGUAAGGGACCUGGACGACCCAGUUCCCCCCAGCGCCUAGACCGGCUAUCUGGGUUGGCUGACCAGAUGGUGGCCCGAGGCAACCUUGGUGUAUACCAGGAAACAAGGGAACGGUUGGCCAUGCGGCUAAAGGGAUUGGGGUGUCGGACUCAAGGAUCCCACGACUCCACACCCCCACCCUCCCUGGACAUGUUUGCUGAGGAAGUAGCAGAGGGGGAUCUGGAAAACCCGACCCCUACACAGAAAGGAGAAGCAGAGGCGCCAGGAGAUGGUCUGAUGGACGUGAUGUGGGAAUAUAAGUGGGAGAACACAGGGGAUGCCGAGUUGUAUGGGCCCUUCACCAGUGCCCAGAUGCAGACUUGGGUGAAUGAAGGCUACUUCCCAGACGGUGUUUAUUGCCGGAAGUUGGACCCCCCUGGUGGUCAGUUCUACAACUCCAAGCGCAUUGACUUUGACCUCUACACCUGAGCCUGCUGAGGGCCCAAUGGUGGUCCUUUCUUUCCUGGACUUUGUGGAGGAGGCCCCAACUGCUUCAAGCACAGAGGAUAUUGAAGUCAAUUUCUCUUUCCCAAUAAAAGCCUUUAGUGCUGUAUUAGGGCCGUGGCUGUGCUAACGGCCAGAAGCCAGGGGCUUUCUCCACAGCCCCUUUGGACUUGCCAUGGUCCUCACUUGUUUCCUUCCAUGAAGUUCCUCCUUGAGAGUUUCUCUCUGCUAUCUUGAACCACCUCACCUUUGUUUACCAUGCUUAGAGGCACAGCCAGGGUCUGUUAUGUCCUGUGGUGUCCCCACCUGGACUCUUCUUGCCAUGUAAAAGUCCCUUCGUUAACACUAUCUUCCAGUCUUCUCUGCAUUUGUUGUUUUGCUGUUGAAAUGUCUUUAGCUUUCAGGUCCUUAGAGUCUCUGUCCUUGUAGCCACAGUAGGAGAGUGGCUAGAGCCUCAGAAUGGAGAGUUUUAGGCCUGGAAGGGCUGGGACAUCUGAAAGACUUUGGUACCUUUGGGGGGUGAGCAGGAAGCCUCUUACCCUCUCUUCAGAUUCUUAGACAUGAGACAUAGAUGGGAUGGGUGGGACAAGAUCAUCCCGAGUCCCUUAGAUUUCUCAUCUGACUCUAUCCCUCAUAGUAGUUCCCACAGUUUUUGGUGAAGUACCCACUCAGUGUAGGCCCUUGUAGGUCCUUCAGGGUCACCUGGGCCAGCCAUGCAUUGUACAGGCAUAGAGAGGGACAGUGACUCACUGGAGGUCACAUUGAAUCAGUGGGCUGGCCUUGACCCAAUGGGCUCCUUUCCCAGAGCUUUCUUGGCACAAAGCCUUUUUUGCCAGGCCUUUGAGGCCCUGCAGCUUGUAUUUCCUGGGCUCCUACAAUGUGCCUCCCGUAGGGCUAGUUCCUUAAGGAAACAGGUAACUGGAUCGGUCCCCUUCAGGAGUUCAGAGUCUGGUUGAGGGCAGCAUGGGAGAUAGAUAUCAUUCUGUAGUCUGAACUUACACCCUCUACCAACUACCAGUGCUGCCUUACGCCUCUCUGCACUUAAAUCAAAUUAGCUUGAUUAGUCUGCUUAUUGUCUUAGCUGUCCACCGACAUCUUUUGGGGAGCUGCAAAGUAUGCCCCUCUAUGCACCAGAGGUUAGAGCCUCAGAAUGGAGAUGUGAAGGGCUGGGAUGGCUGGUUCUGAUUACGUUGUUCUAGGAUGUGGCCUGGACUUGAGUCUUUUAUCAGCUCCCUGGGUGUUUCCAAUGUGUAUCCAGGCUGAGAACCACAGGGCCUGGCUCCCAUCACUGAGGCAUACCUGAGGAGCAGGAUACUCCCAGGCCUGCUGUGGUCACUGAGCAGUUCAUUAGUUACAAGGAUCUGGGUACCAGGCUGUAGGGUGCAAGAGCCUCAGGGUGGAAGGAACCAGACGAGGUACUCAGGAAAACGGGGUGAGAGUGAGUACUCGAUGCUCUAGUGAGGCCUGCUCUAGUGCCUGUGCAGACUACAAUUUCAUUCAUUACAAGAAGCCAUCAGGGCUGAGAUGCUUGUAUGUUACGUGUCACUGAGAAAACAAUCCUGACAGUUAACUGAUGGAAGGUGCCCUUGAUUGAAAGAUGUUAGAAGUGUUCCAGAGUGAAAGCAGGUGUCUUAAGACCAGUGAAAUACAAUGUUCACCUUGAUAUGCCUAUGACUGUGUCUUAGCGGUGCUUGUAAGUAUUUGAUGAAUGGAUGGAAGCUAACGGGCAGUACCCUGAUGUCCUACAGGUACCUCAGCCUCAGGCUCCCCAUAGCUGACCUCAUUUGCCCUCAUACCCUCCUACUGAGGGCUCCUUGCCAGUGACACCCUGUGGUGGGCAGAAUAAUGGCCCCCAAAGAUGUCCAUGUCCUGAGUCCCAGAACCUGUGAAUAUGUUACUUUGCAUGGCAAAAGGAACUUUGCAGUUGCCAUAAAGUUAAGGAUCUUGAGAUGGGGAGAUCGCCCUGGAUUAUUGAGCUGUAAUUGCACAGGCCUUUGUCAGAGUCAGGAGGUUAGCAAGGAAAAGGAGGCUAUCACGCUGCUGGCUGUGAAGAGGGAGGAGAGAGCCACGCACCAAGGAUGCAGGAGAAAACAGUCUCCCGAGACCCACCACAAAGUGCAGCACCCUGACGUGACUAGCCCAGUCAAAAUCAUUUGGAUUUCUAGCCUCUAGAGCUUUAUGAUAAUAAAUUUGUGAUUUUAAGCCUU